AUGAAAAUUCGUCUGGUGGUGCCGUUAGCGCUGAUUGUGGUGGGUUGCAGUGGGCUACCAAAAGCUAGUGCAUUCAACUCCCGGCUAAACGAGCUGGAUUCUGUCGAUGAGUUCAACACCAUUCGAUCGUCAACGAAGUUAACGCCGAAGAACUUUGCUCGCCAAGUGAAAUCAUCCCAUUAUUAUUUGGUGUUGUUCUACGCACCAUGGUGUGAAUACUGUUUACAACUUUUCCCGCAAUGGAGCAAAUUGGCAGCUUUGGUCAGUCAGCGGUUUCGCGGAUCCGUCCAUGUAGGCCACAUGGAUUGCAUAGCAGAGGAAGUCUUUUGCUCUCGAGUCAAUAUUGCGGACUAUCCAACGGUGCGAGCCUAUUCCCGGGGUCCUCCAGUGCGGUUUGAAUCGGUGCAACCACACGAACUGGACGACACCAUUGAAUAUCUGGAAGAGUAUGUGCUUAAUCUUCCAACAGAAAGUUCUAACCGUAGUGCGGUGAAGAAUUAA